UAGAAAUACAGUGCAAGGUUGUUCGAUUCACGGCUGCCUUGUUCUAGCGUAUUUAUAAGGCGUAUUUUCUUAUAAUUUUCAUCAGUUUGCGACUUUGAAACGAUUCAACUUGUUAUGAUUAUUAGUUGUGUCUUAUAAGAUUCGUUCCACUGGUAUUAUUCUCAAACGGUUCGACUCUUUUCGCAGAGUUUUCUGGACGCAUAGAAUAUUUAUUUUAUGCUUGCACUCCUCUUGAACUGUGUACAAUCUUGCGAUACCAUCUACUACAGUGAUAUUUAACACGACAACCGGAAUUUAUUCCACCAGCGACCAGAUUCAACAGUUCGACCAUGGGUUGUAGUAGCUCUAAGAACGCCGUGGUUCCAUCAGUAGGACAAGCCUGGACUGCCGGGAAUAAACCGACGUCUGCCGGCUCCACCAAGAGCAAAUCAAGCUCCAAAUUAAUCCGUGUGAAAUCGGGGACUACUGAAGUCAAGGAACUGAAGCCGGAAAGGUCCCUUUCGAGAGACUCCCUGCAAAAUGGAGUUAUCCCACGAGGGGUGUCUUCUGCGACCAGCAAGGCAUCGGCACACACUUGUGACAGCGGGCUUGAGGAGGACUACGGUCACAUCAUCUCGGAAGAGUCAAACCCAACGGAACAAGAAGGGGUUCUUACAGGGCAAAGACCACGAACACCAGAUUUGUCAAUAAGUGGAACCCAGAUAUCAUCCCGGAGGAGGAGUGGAAAAGACCGGGAAAACCGCACAGGAAAGGACAUCAUAGGAGAGCUGAAGAGUCAGGGUUUACUGUCCAGGCCGGUAGCUGCUCAGAGCGGUAUGGCGUUCGAUGUCAUGAUCGCUCCCGAGUUCGGUAUACUUCAGAAGCCACCACCUCGCCUGGCGAAACUCAAGAAGAGAAAGUCAAAGAAAAGGACUCUUACUAGAGAGGAACUAGAGGCGAAGUUGAAAUCAGCUGAGGAGAGGAGAAAACGCAAAGAGGCCGAAAAGAUUGAGAAACUCAACACAGCCGCUAAAGAGAAACAAGUUCAAGAAUCUUUAGACGCAUCCGAGGCAGCUCAGAAAAAAGAAGUGUCCGUCAAGAGCGCCAGCGACAUGGACCGGGUAGCCGAGAACAAGGAGGCACGUCUCAAUGCCUUGAAGGAGAAAUUAGAGAAGAAGAAACAACACGCCGAGAGAGUUCGUCUUGCAAGACUUGCGAGACAAGCCGAAGGAGGUCCUUCGCAGGAAACAGACAUGCAACAGUCGAAGGAUGAUAUCACUGGUAACGGAACGCCGGCUGUUUGAUGAACAAAAGCAACUCUCUCGCAUUGAGAAGCAAAGUUAUUUCCUUUUUGACUCUCUAAGAAGAGAAAUAUCCUUGGAUGCAACGUGACGUAGUCGAGAUGAUGUUCUCAGGCUUUAUACAUACUGAAAUAAGAUGUGGACAAAACAACCGUGGACAAAACAUCCAAGGAUGGGUUGAUACAUAGUUUGCAGCUAACGUGUGCCAAACAAAAAUUCAAAACGCGAUUUAUGGUCAGUCUUAAAAAAGUAUUUUCGUAUGAACUAUUGUGUGCUGAAAGAAAAAAAAAGUCUUGUGUAAGGUAAAAGUUAAGUGAACAAUCUAAAAAUUAUAGUAGAAUGAAACAUUCUCCCAAAUAUUUUGACCUUUUGUACAAAGGGCCUCACAAAACUUGAAGCGAAUCAUGACACAGUAAUUUUAAUUUUUAUUGUAUACACGCAAAGUUCAUGAACUAGGUUGGCUUUUAUGAUUGCUGGUUUUAAACCAUUAAUGUAUUGGCAGAGACAGAUCAAAAUUUCCGUUAUCAAGGGUAUGAGCCCCCAAAUUCUGUCUCCCAUGUUGAAAUUAACAUGGGCUGAAAAAGAUGAACCAAAAGAGGGCUCUAUAAGAAGUAGAAUAUACAUGUACAUUGUACAAUGACUGUACUACAGUUUGCCAUUGGGGGGGGGGGGAGGCAGACUCUUUGGGGUCAGAAAUUGCACGAAGAUUGAAGGGCAUUGGAUGUGCCUUAAACUACUCCGUCCAUGUUUAUAAAGUUUGUUUUUAAAAGUGAAAAGAGUUGAUCUCUAUAAAAAGUUAUUUUUGGUACUGGUGACCAUGUUCUACGGAGCCAGGGAAAUGACAUGCCUAAAAUAAUUCUAUUGGUUUGUUGGUAUGUGAAAGUGAAUAAUUUUUGAAAUAAUAUUGAAAAAAAAAAAUGUAAAAAAAUUAAGAGAAUAAUUUUAAAAGAAAAUGAAAAUUGGGAAAGUCGUUUAGAUAAGAAAACACUUGUGAACACUAUUUCGCCAAGAAAACGAAGACAACAUAAUUAAGGCAUGUCACUUCCAGGGUUCUGUAGCGUACAAACAGAUACGUUUUUGUAUCUGUCUAUAAUAUAAAAAACUCGUUUUGUAAACGACGCAAAAAAUAUUUUUAUAAAACUGUUGAGGCUUUCUUGUGCUAUUUCAAUGAUGUACAAAGUGAAUGUCAAUGAGAAGUCAUACAGCGGAAUAGACCAACAUUAUUGCCGCAGCAUUAUUUACAUAAGGGUUUUACCACACUAGGCAACUUGAAGGCAAUCAACUACAACACUUGCCACAGGACCACCUUGGUAGCACAUGAGUCAUUCUUCAAUUAAUGCCUUAGACUCCCCGAUAAAAACAGUGAAAUGUAAAAAUGUUUUUCUUCGGGGAGAUUGCCUGGAACUGGUUGCCAGCCAGCCUUCUGUGACAUGACCCUUAUAUUGCAUUACAUGGAGGCCCUACAUGUACGUGGCACAUGCUCGAUUUUUCACUUGCUCUAAAAAACAAAUAAUUUCACAAUUUCUUUUGUAAGUGCUUUUUUUUUGUGUUAAAUUAAAACUUUGACAUAUGUCAAACCAAAGGAAAACCCACACUAGGCCAGUAUUUCCGGUUAACUAUUUAAAUUGUUUAAUUAAUUAUGUUUAUGGUAUCGCCGCUGCAAUGUUACUUCUCGUUUGAUUUUAUGACAUAACUCAUUGACAAUGCGUGGAACGUUUAAUUUUUAAAGUUAAC